AUGCCUUCCACCAACGGUGUCAAUGGCUCUGCCAAGGUCCUCGACCACACCACCGCUCUCGACCUCCUCAAGGAGUACGAGAGCCGCGAUGGCCUCAGCAUCGCAGACCUGAUGGACACCAAGCUGCGGGGAGGUCUGACUUACAACGAUUUCCUCCUCCUGCCUGGCUACAUUGGUUUCCCCGCCUCCGACGUUGCCCUUGAUUCUCCCGUAACAAAGAGAAUCACCCUCAAGACCCCCUUCGUCUCUUCGCCCAUGGACACUGUCACUGAGCACGAGAUGGCCAUCCACAUGGCCCUCCAGGGUGGUCUGGGUGUCAUCCACCACAACUGCUCUCCCGACGAGCAGGCCGAGAUGGUCGCCAAGGUCAAGCGAUACGAAAAUGGCUUCAUCGCUGACCCUGUCGUCAUCUCCCGCCAGACCACCGUUGGUGAGGCUAGAGCCCUCAAGGAGACUUGGGGUUUCGGUGGUUUCCCCGUGACAGAGUCCGGCAAGCUCGGUUCCAAGCUUUUGGGUAUCGUCACUAACCGUGACAUCCAAUUCGAGGAUGACGAGAGCAAGUCGGUUGAGGCCGUCAUGGUCACCGACCUCGUCACCGCUCCCCACGGCGUCGACCUGCUCGAGGCCAACAGCAUCCUGGCCAAGUCCAAGAAGGGCAAGCUGCCCAUCGUUGACAAGGACUUCAACCUCGUCUCCAUGAUCUCGCGCUCCGACCUUCGCAAGAACCACAACUACCCAUUGGCAUCCAAGUUGCCCGACUCGAAGCAGCUCAUUGUUGCCGCUGCCAUCGGUACCCGUCCCGAGGACAAGAUCCGUCUUCAGAAGCUCGUUGAUGCUGGUCUGGACAUUGUCAUCCUUGACAGCAGCCAGGGUAACAGCAUGUACCAGAUUGAAAUGAUCAAGUGGGUCAAGAAGGAGUUCCCCGACCUCGACGUCAUUGGCGGAAACGUCGUGACUCGCGAGCAGGCCGCCAGCCUCAUUGCUGCUGGUGUCGACGGUCUCCGUAUUGGUAUGGGUAGCGGAAGCGCCUGUAUCACCCAGGAGGUCAUGGCUGUCGGCCGUCCCCAGGCUGCCGCUGUCUACUCCGUCUCUUCCUUUGCUGCCCGCUUUGGCGUCCCCUGCAUUGCCGAUGGUGGUAUCCAGAACGUUGGUCACAUUGUCAAGGGUCUCUCUCUUGGCGCUACCACCAUUAUGAUGGGUGGUCUUCUGGCUGGUACCACUGAGUCGCCUGGUAGCCUCACCUCGUUUGUCACUCGUGAUGGCAAGCUCGUCCAGACCAAGGCCUACCGUGGCAUGGGCAGCAUUGACGCCAUGCAGGACAAGAAGGCUGGUGCUGGUAGCAAGAACUCUCAGGCCAGCAACGCUGGUACCGCCCGAUACUUCUCCGAGGGCGAUAGCGUGCUUGUUGCUCAGGGUGUUUCCGGUACUGUGGCCCACCGUGGCUCCGUCGGCAAGUUCGUUCCUUACCUGGCUGCUGGUGUGAAACACUCUAUGCAGGAUGCCGGUAUCAAGAGCUUGCAGGAGCUCCACGAGAAGGUGGCCGACGGUUCUAUGCGCUUCGAGAUCCGAACCGCCAGUGCUCAGCUUGAGGGUAACGUCAACAUGGAGAGCUACGAGAAGAAGCUCUACGCAUAA